AUGAAAGCGGUCCAAGGAAUUUGCCAGUCGACUACCGACAAAGCCUCAUGUCUCAAGACUCUCGAGCCGGUCAAGAGUGAUGACCCGAACAAGCUGAUCAAGGCCUUCAUUUUGGCUGUACAAGACGCAGUAAACAAAUCAACAGACUUCACUGGCCAAGCCGAAGGAAACUUGGGUGCAGGCAUCUCACCAAACAACAAAGCCGUUCUUGAGUACUGCAAGAGAGUAUUCUUGUACGCGCUUACUGAUCUUAGUACCAUUGUUGAGGAAAUGGGUGAAGAUCUUAACCAGGUCGGAAGCAAGCUCGACCAGCUUAAACAAUGGUUAACCGGUGUCUACAAUUACCAAACCGAUUGUCUUGACGAUAUUCAAGAAGAUGAUUUAAGAAAGACCAUCGCUAAUGGCAUUGCAAACUCCAAGAUGCUCACUAGCAAUGCUAUUGACAUCUUCCACUACGUCGUUAGCGCGAUGGCCAAGCUUAACAUGAAGGUCGAUGACUUCAAGAACAUGACCGGCGGUAUCUUUGGUUCUCCCGACAAAGGAGCAGCUCCGGUUGAGAAAGGUACUACUCCUGCCGUUGAUACUCCCGUGGCCGACCCAGAUGGUCCUUCUCGUCGUCUUCUCGAAGACAUUGACGAGACCGGAGUCCCAACAUGGGUUUCUGGUGCUGACAGGAAGCUCAUGGCUCGGGCUGGACGUGGCCGUGGAGGAGGCGGUGGUGCUAGAAUCAGAGCAACCUUUGUGGUGGCUCAAGACGGAAGCGGACAGUUUAAGUCGGUCCAACAAGCCGUUAAUGCUUGUCCCGACAAAAACCCUGGACGAUGCAUCAUCCACAUCAAGGCUGGUAUCUACAGAGAGCAAGUUAUUAUCCCUAAGAAGAAGAACAACAUCUUCUUGUUCGGAGAUGGUGCAAGAAAGACCGUCAUUAGUUACAACAGAAGUGUUGCACUCAGCCAAGGAACCACCACUUCCCUUAGUGGCACAGUCCAGGUUGAAUCUGAAGGAUUCAUGGCGAAAUGGAUCGGAUUCAAGAACACAGCUGGUCCAAUGGGACACCAAGCCGUGGCAAUCAGAGUGAACGGAGACAGAGCCGUGAUCUUCAACUGUAGAUUCGACGGUUACCAAGACACACUAUACGUCAACAACGGUCGUCAAUUCUACAGAAACUGUGUCGUCUCAGGAACCGUCGAUUUCAUCUUCGGUAAAUCCGCGACCGUUAUCCAAAACUCACUCAUUGUUGUCCGUAAAGGAAACAAGGGUCAGUUCAACACCAUCACAGCCGACGGUAACGAGAAGGGUCUAGCCAUGAAGAUCGGUAUCGUCCUCCAAAACUGCCGUAUCGUCCCCGACAAGAAACUAGCGGCUGAGAGAUUAACCGUUGAGUCAUACUUGGGAAGACCAUGGAAGAAAUUCUCAACCACCGUGAUCAUCAACACCGAGAUGGGAGAUUUGAUCAGACCAGAAGGUUGGAUGUUGUGGCAGGGUGAGAGUUUCCACAAGACAUGUAGGUACAUUGAGUACAACAACCGUGGACCAGGAGCUAUCACAAACAGGAGAGUUAACUGGGCUAAGGUUGCUAGGUCUGCAUCUGAGGUCAAUGACUUCACUGUGGCUAACUGGUUAGGUCCGAUUAACUGGAUUCAAGAAGCUAAUGUACCUUUGACGCUUGGAUUAUAA